AUGCUAGCGGGGCUGAGAGACUUAUCGGGAGCAGAUUCCAGGAAUUGCCCGGCCAGGAAUUCUUGCAGAAUUUUGUGCCAUGAUCAGUCUCUAUCAGAGUCAUUUCUUCAACUGCAGCUCACGAAUGAAUUGGACACACUCUUUUUCAACCAGCAAAUGGGCACACAGAUCACCGGCCUCAUGGCCCUUGCUGCUCGUGAGCCGGUGCGACGACUCGAGCACUCUGGGCAGGUGGUGGAUGUAUUUAUGAAGGACAGUGGCAACGGACGCAUGUGGGGUUUUGUCACCAUGGCGGACGCCAGCCAGGCCCAGACGGCCCUCACCGAAGUCAACGGGAAGAUCCUCCAAGUGAGCCACGAGGCCGUCGAGAACGCUGCUGCGGGUGCCUGCGGUGCCUGCGGUGCCUGCGGCGCCUGCGGCGCCUGCGGCGCCUGCGGUGCCUGCGGUGCAGGAGCAGAGAUGCAGAUGGACCAGAUGAAUCAGAUGCACCAGAUGAAUCAAAUGAAUGGCGCCUGGGACAACAGCAAUGGCUAUGGCUUUGGCUAUGAGGAGCCCCCUGCGCUCGCGGGCGUGGCGCCCGAGGGGGUCUCGGCCCUGGCGGGCGUGGCGCCGGCCACGGCGCUGGCCACGCCCAAGGCAUUGCCGCAACCGACACAGAGCAUGGCGCAGCCCGUGCCGGAGCAGGCCGCGGAAACAGCUCCUGCACAGUCACAGCCUGCAGCUGAGGCACAAGCGACGCAGAGUAUGCCUCCACCAGAUCAGGCUGUGUCAUUGGAAUAUCGGUGGGCGAAGGUCAACCAGGUCUCCUGGCGACCCACAGCGUGA